AUGCAAAUCUCCCCCACCCUUGCUAUCUGCUGUGCGCUUCCUUCCGGUGUGGCCCGUUGUUGUGCGGUGCUGUGCGGUACUGCACAGGCGCAUGUGUGUAAGCACCUGCAGAUGGAGGCCAAGGGGUGUGAUGCCCUCGUGCUCUGGCUCGACUGUGACAGGGAGGGCGAGAAGAUCUGCUUCGAAGGGGAGGAGAAAAUAUUUUCUUCGAAGGCGGGUAGAGUUUUAGCGGGUGUAGUGUCGAGCAUGCUCUCAUUCCGCAUGCUCCCAUUCCGCAUGCUCUCAUUCCGCAUGCUCUCAUUCCGCAUGCUCUCAUUCCGCAUGCUCUCAUUCCGCAUGCUCUCAUUCCGCAUGCUCUCAUUCCGCAUGCUCUCAUUCCGCAUGCUCUCAUUCCGCAUGCUCUCAUUCCGCAUGCUCUCAUUCCGCAUGCUCUCAUUCCGCAUGCUCUCAUUCCGCAUGCUCUCAUUCCGCAUGCUCUCAUUCCGCAUGCUCUCAUUCCGCAUGCUCUCAUUCCGCAUGCUCUCAUUCCGCAUGCUCUCAUUCCGCAUGCUCUCAUUCCGCAUGCUCUCAUUCCGCAUGCUCUCAUGCGCUCUGUGGCUCGACUGCGACAGGGAAGGCGAGAGCAUCUGCGUCGCCCCAAUCCGUGCCUCCCCAUCCCCAUCCUAUCCUCUCCCCUACCGCCUUUUGAGGCGCCUCAAAAUCAAUCCGUGCCUCCCCAUCCCUAUCCUUUCCUCUCCCCUACCGCCAGUGAUGGCCCACACUCAGCCCAGCAUGAGGUCGCCACAGAACGUGUACAGGGCGAAAUUCUCAGUGAUUGGCGAAAAAAGAUAUUCGGCAGGCGAUGGCUCGACUUGGGGCGCCCAACGAGGAAGAGGCCAAAGCAGUGGACGCAAGGCAGGAGAUCGACCUUAA